AUGUCUACUUCCACAACCGAACUUGAUGCAUAUUUAGUCGAAAACUGGGAUACCGAGUCUCUUGUCGUUUACCUGCAACAGCAGGACCUAAAGCUUAAUGAUAAGCACUUCGAUGUCCUCCGCAAUAGGGAGAUCGAUGGCCAGGUCUUUCUUGAUAUGAGUAAGGAUGAUUUCAUGCAGGCAGGAUUGGAAAUGGGACCGGCUAUGAAACUCGCAAAAGAGGUCAAGGCACUCAAGGACAACACGAAAAGGGCAUACUCGUCAUAUC